GAGCUCCAUGCAAGAUGGUCAUACGCCAAGCCCCGUGUACCGGCGUAGCGGUGUCCAUGGUCCACGGCCUGGUAGUCUUGUCCCCUUUAUAAACCAGAACCCCGGAUUCCUAAAUGACCUGACGUGGCGGAAGACCUAAUUGAAGACAUCCGGAGAAAUACACUUGCGGCUGAAAGUGAAAGAACACGAUGUUACGCUCUACAGAGGACGGCGACCGCUACGAGCUGGAGAGCCCGACGGCUCUGCCGAAAUCUGGCGCUUUCUUGUGGAAUCAGAAGAUGAUGAUCCAGAUCACCUGUCGUGGGUAUGCGACGGCACAGUUCAUGCAGCCUGAGCCGUCCAAGUACGCGCACGCGCCUAAUCUCGAAGCCAAGACCUUCAUGCAACCCGAGCAGAACUACUACGCACACCACCCGGGCCGUUUUGUCUACAUCAAGGACGAGGAGACUGGCCAGCUGUUUUCGGCACCCUAUGAGCCGGUGCGGGCUCCGCUCGACCGCUUCGUGUUUUCUGUCGGCAAGAGUGAUAUCUCCUGGACCGUUGAGUACCUUGGUAUCCGCGUUGAAAUGACCUUGGUGAUUCCAACGCAUGAUGUGGUAGAGCUAUGGUCGGUUAAAGUGACCAACCUAUCCUCACGACCGCGCAGAAUUAGCGUGUAUCCCUAUUUCCCAUUUGGGUACAUGUCGUGGAUGAAUCAAGAAGCUGAAUGGCGACCGGAUCUCGGCGGCGUGGUAAGCAGUAGUAUCACGCCAUACCAGAAGGCAACAGACUACUUCAAGAACAAGUAUCUGAAGGACAAGUCAUAUUUUCUGUGCGAAACCUUUCCGGUAUCAUGGGAGGCAAUGCAACAGGCCUUCGAGGGUGAAGGUGGCCUCCAUGCACCUUCGUCGCUGGAACAAUCAGAGCUCGGCCGUAGCGAUGCUCGCUACGAGACGCCUGUGGCUGUGGUACAGUACCGGGAGGAGCUCAAGACAAACGAACAGCAUGAGUACCGAUUUCUCUUCGGUCCCGCGUACGAUGACGCCGAAAUCCGUUCGGUACGGGAUAAGUACCUCAGUAAGGAGGGGUUCGCACGGACAGCCCGGGAAUACGCAGAUUAUAUCAACAAAGGAAAAGGGUGCUUACAGAUUGAGACUCCUGAUAAGCACGUAGACAACUUUGUCAAUAACUGGCUACCGCGGCAGUGCUAUUAUCAUGGCGACGUGAACCGGCUGACCACAGAUCCGCAGACGCGCAAUUACCUACAGGACAACAUGGGCAUGUCAUAUAUCAAGCCCGAGGUCGCACGUCGAGCUUUCCUGAUCGCCGUGGCACAGCAGGAGAAAAAUGGCGCUAUGCCCGACGGUAUCUUGUUGGCGGAGGGCGCUGAGCUCAAGUACAUUAACCAGAUCCCACAUACUGACCACUGUAUCUGGUUACCCGUCACCCUGGAGGCAUACCUCGCCGAGACAGGUGAUUAUGAUCUUCUGAAGGAGCAAGUAAAAGGAAUGCACGGCGAUACGUAUACCGUAUUUGAGCGCUUUAGUCGGGCUAUGGAUUGGUUACUCUCGGCCCGAGACGCGCGUGGGCUGAGCUACAUUGCGCAAGGCGAUUGGUGCGACCCGUUGAACAUGGUGGGUUACAAAGGUAAGGGUGUAUCCGGGUGGCAGACGGUUGCUACCGCAUUUGCAUUGAAGUUGUGGGCGGACGUUUGUGAGCACGAAGGAAAGGCCGAUCUAGCAGCACACUACCGCGCAGGCGCCAAGGAGGUCAACGAUGCGGCUAAUGCGCACCUGUGGGAUGGAGACUGGUUCGCGCGAGGAAUCACAGACGAUAAUGUAAUCUUCGGCGUCAAGACGGAUAACGAGGGUCGUAUUUGGCUGAAUCCGCAGACGUGGUCGAUCUUGAGCGGGGCGGCUAGCAAGGAGCAGAUCACGCGGAUGUUGCCCCAAGUAGAUUCGCAGAUGGGUACGCCGUACGGCGUUGUGAUGUUCGCUCCUCCAUAUAGCGGCAUGCGAGAAGACGUAGGGCGUGUGACGCAAAAGUAUCCCGGUUCAGCUGAGAACGGGUCAGUCUAUAACCAUGCGGCCGUCUUCUACGUCCACAGCCUGUACUCCAUUAAGGAGAGCGAUCGAGCAUACGAUGCUCUAAGGAAGAUGAUCCCUGGACCUUCAGAAGAGGACUAUAUACAGAGAGGCCAGCUGCCCGUGUAUAUCCCUAACUAUUACCGAGGCGCGUACCAGCAAUAUCCCCGCACCGCGGGACGGUCUAGCCAGCUCUUCAACACGGGGACAGUGUCAUGGCUAUACCGAAGCUUUAUCGAGGGGCUAUGUGGCCUGCGUGGAGACGCGAAGGGUUUGCGUAUCCAGCCACAGUUACCGUCUUUCUGGGAUGCUAUCAAAGUGACACGCUUAUUCCGCGGCGCCACAUUCGUUAUUGAUAUCCGUCGUUCAGCAGACGUAAAGGAGAUAGUGGUAAAACACGAGGGCCGGGUCCUCCCGGAAGCGCGCUUCACCAAUAUCCAGCCGGGUGCUACCUACGAGCUCUCCGUCGCGGUGCCUAAAUAACGUGCUAGGUUGUCUGUGGUUGUUGAUUGUACAGCCGAUAGCUAGUUGGACCAAUGGUGUUGGACUGGCUGGCUAGAAUGGAAACAAAAGGAGAGGUUUGCGAAAUACCUACGUAUAAUCAAUUCGUUGAUGAGCCAGCUGGAUAGAGACUCUCAUUGAAUCUGUUUUCAGCUUAUCAAAUCCUGUUAAUAGACGGCGUCAUAUUCAUAUAGAGAA